UGAUCUGUUUGGUCGUUACAAAUGUUAUAUUUAAAUUCCAAUUUAUUUUCUUAAUUAAAGAAUAAAAUGCAUAUAUAUAUAUAUUGCUUCGAUUUAAAACAAGAAGGAUAUAUAUAGCUUAUCCCAAACCAGAUAUAAUUCUAACAAAGAGUAGCAACACCUCUAGAUCUUAUAAGAAGUUGAUUCAAAGAUUUUUCUCCACAUCAUGUCUUCUUCAAGGAGCUCUUUGAUGAGUGUUGUUAGUAUGAAUGGAGGCGAUGGAGAACAUAGCUAUGCUAAUAAUUCUGGUCAUCAGAAAACGGUUUUCUCUAAAGCACAAACGAUGGUGGUAGAGAAUAUUAAAGAAACUUUAUUGGAUUUGCACUUUCCUGAAUGCAUUAAAGUAGCUGAGUUGGGCUGUUCUUCCGGACCAAACACUUUCUUCGCCAUGUCCGAAAUCGUCAACACCAUCAUAGCUUCGUACCAAGAAAAGGGUCGGAACCCGCCAGAAAUCGAUUGUUGUCUAAAUGAUCUUCCAGAUAAUGAUUUCAAUAUGACCUUCAAGUGGGCAUGUUCUUUCCAAGACAAUCAGAAGAUGAAUGUUGAGGCGUCGUGCUUCGUUUCAGGAGUCCCUGGUUCUUUUUACUCGAGGCUUUUCCCAAGCAAAUCUCUUCAUUUUGUUCACUCAGCUUGCAGUAUCCAUUGGCUCUCUAAAGUCCCUGAAGGGAUUGAGGAUAACAAGAGGAACAUAUAUAUUAGAAGUCCUUGCCCUCUAAAUGUGUCCAAGAGUUACUUGGAUCAGUUUCAAAAAGAUUUUUCGUUAUUCUUAAAAAUGCGUUCUGAAGAAGUAGUGUCUAAUGGACGUAUGGUUCUCAUAUUCAAAGGCAGGAAUGCUUCUGAUCCUCUAUAUAGAGAGAUGUGUCACUAUUGUUCGUUGUUGACUGAUUCCCUCCUCGACUUAGUUUCUGAGGGAGUAGUAAAGGAAGAAGAGGUGAAUUCAUUUAACUUGCCGUUCUAUGAUGCGGGUGAAGAAGAGGUGAGGGAAGUUGUCCAAAAUGAAGGAUCAUUUGAGAUCAACAAUUUCGAGACGCAUGAACAUCUAGUUCCAUACAAAGAUAGCCAGGAAGAUGACGAUGAAACAUGUCGAUUAAAAUUUGGUGAAAUAAUGGCAAACAGAAAAAGAUCCAUAACCGAACCGAUGUUGGUUGCUCAUUUUGGAGAUGCUAUUAUCGACCGUCUGUUUAAGAAGUACGCACACAACGCAGCCCGACACUACAUUGUGUCAAGAAGCUGCACCAAAACGACCGUCAACUUUGUUGUUUCAUUGACUAGAAAAUAAAAAGGUUUCGUAUUGCUUUGCUGGUUACGAUAAUAAAUGAGAUCCGUCACUGAAUCAAUGCUUGCUGGUCACUUUGGAGAUGCCAUUAUCGACCGUUUGUUCAACAAGCUAGCACACCGUGCGGCUCAUAUAUCGAGCAACUAUUUCAAUACGAAGACAGCUGAAUGUUUCGUUUCAUUCACUAGGAAAUAAAUCGGAAUAGUUUUUAUUUACUUAUCAGAUCGAGGAUUUGCAUGCAGAAUAAUGGUCUGAAUUAUUGAUGCAUUUUAAUUAAUAUUUUUAUUUUGUUUUCUUUUUUUUCGACGUCAAAUUGUUGUUGUUUAAUUGAUAUCUAUUG